UGCGAUAGGCUGUAAAUAUGUUUUAGUUCAGUAGGCUAGUCACCGUAUCUGUGACAAGUAUUGUUAAUUAACAGUGUCUUCAAAUUCAGUGUAGCGGUUGUAUGUUAUACUGAAACAUACGUUUCUGUAAAACUGCCUUUGAACGUUACUUUUAAUUACACUAAGGAAAUAGUUCCCAACAAGAACUUAAAUCACUUGAAGAUGAGAUGGGACGUUAUUAGAGAGGCUCUGCAAAAUAUACAUAGAUCAUUCUUCAUCUAUGAUGACCCUUCAACUGCCCCGAACACAUCAACCAUGGUUAACCCUCGAGUGAAUGGAGAAAUCCUUUCGUCCCAAGAACCAAUAGAUCCUGCGACAUCAACCACUCAGGACACAACACAGCCUGAUGAGAGAACCGAAGUAUUAUCGUCUCCUUGUCACACAGGAGCACAGAGUGCUUCUUCCGUUAGCGCAACCUCUCAACAGACCUCAGCUUUGACUAUUAAUAUUGAUCACGGAACUCAGAAUACAUCCACAACUAGCGAACCAAAUGACAACGACCAGCAACAAGAUAGAAGUUUGGCGAUCGCAAUUCCAAUAGCAUUGGAGCCAAAUAACACAUUAAGUCAAAAUGAACUUUUGAGGUCUUCACGUGGAACAUGGGCUGCUGAUAGGUCUGCGAUUUUCGCUUGUUUCAGCUGUGUUAUAGGAAUAUACAAUAUCAGUAGAUUUUCACUGCUGGUUUAUGUGUAUAAAGCAUGUUUUAUUGUCGAGUUCCUCAUCUUAACAUGUGUGUUUGGUCUUCCCUUCAUAUACUUCCAGUCAGCAAUAGGGCAAUACUUAGGAUCUGGAAUACUAGACAUGUGGUAUAUAUCCCCAGCCUUCAAAGGAGUAGGGCUAGCCUUGCUGUACAUGUACGUCGUAUUAGGUGUUUAUACUUCUGUACCAAUCAGUUGGCUGUUCCUGUUCUUUAAGGAUUCCUUCGUCACAACUCGAGAAACGUAUAGAUGGGGACAGUGUAACCCGAAAUUUGGUGCUCAGUAUUGUUUGGAGAGUCGUAAUAAAUCAUCAUCUGGCUAUUUCGGAUGGUCGGUGCCAAAUUAUUUCCAUGGUCGCGUUUUAGCAAGAACAGCAGGAAGUGAAGGUGAUGGGGCAGAAAUUAAGUUUGAGAUAACUCUUAAUUUGGCUGUCGUGUGGCUUCUAGUCUUCGCUUCAUUAAGUCAAGGACUUCGUUUUUAUGGAAAGUUAGCGUACGCCUUUGUUGUUAUUCCCGUUCCUCUACUGAUCUUGAUGGCCUCGAGAAUGAUGGAAGAAUGGGGAAAUGGUGUGUCAGACAUUUUUAACGCCGAUUGGAAAACAUUACUUAACGACUCAGUUUCUUGGCACCUGGCCUCUAGAGAGGUAUUUCUCACAUGGGCUCUAUAUGGCGGUGUGGUUCUACAGCUUUGUAGUCACAACAAAAUUACAACAAACAUCACAAGGAUCGUACUGGUUGUGGGGAUAGCAGGAACGUUAACGCUUAUUACGUCGUCAUUUGUUUUCGUUUGUGCAAUCAAAGCUAUAUCUGCUCGAAAUAUGACGUAUGUAUCGUCUUCUUAUGAGAUAGAAGAAACAAUAAAGUGUCUUGAACCUUCAAUUGUGUUCCCGAAAAGUAUGGCGAAUGUAACUCCAAUAAAUUUGGUGAUUGGUGACAUGUUUCCGUCGUCAAAUGAUCAGUCGGUUGUCAGUGGUUACCAAGUUCUUCGGAUUGCUACUGAAGUAUUACCAGCAGCUUUGAAGGUUCAGGGUGUUCGUGCCAUUUCUUCUGUCUGGUCUAUUUGCUUCUUUUUCAUGAUGAUUUUAUUCGGUUUUGCUCAACUUGUCCCCCUUUGGUUUCUUGUGGUAGAGUCAAUCAUAAGCAUUAAACCAACGAUUUUGCGUAGAUGGCAGACAAUUGUUACCUUAAUAACUUGUGCAGCUGGUUUUUUAUUGGGUUUGCCAUUAACCAGUACGUUCACAUGA